AUGGCCGAUUCGGACACGUCCUAUACCAUAGAGGCGGAACAACAGCUGUGGGACGAAAUUGACCAAGUUGUUGCGACACAAUGUCCUGACCACGCCCACGAAACAAUUGACAAUGCGCUCCGAUCAUGGUUGUGCCUCGCUGCCAAGUGCCGUGACGAAUUCUCACAGUCCGAGGAUGAUGUCGCAGGCUGUUCCCAGAAACUCUUGGAGGGCAGCCUCUUCCAUGCGAAUCCUGAAUAUGUUCGCAUGCAAAUCAUUUACAGUCUGCUCGAGGAAGACGAGGCUGGCCCCCUCUACAUCAUUGCGAGCUUCCUGCUGCUGGACGGCCGUGUCGAAGAUACCACAUACCGCCGAAUGAUAGACGAGGGCUGCUUUCACCGUCUGCUCGAGCUGAUCAAUGGGCACGAACAAGACGACCCGAGUCUUCACCGGUUACUUCUCGAGCUUGUGUAUGAGAUGUCGCGUGUCGAAAAGCUCCGCGUCGAGGAUCUUUUGCACGUCGACGACGGCUUUGUCACCUAUCUCUUCCAACUCAUUGAGGGUCUAUCCGACGACGCUCACGACCCCUAUCACUAUCCCAUAAUCCGCGUCCUGCUUGUUCUGAACGAACAAUACAUGGUGGCUUCCACAACUGCGGCCAUGAGCCCAGAAUCGCCCAGCGCUGCCUUGACGAACCGUGUUGUCAAAUGUCUCUCCCUUUACGGCCCAAUGUAUCGCACUUUUGGCGAGAACCUCAUCCUGCUCCUGAAUCGCGAAACCGAGACAUCGUUGCAGCUGCUCAUCCUGAAGCUGCUCUACCUGCUCUUCACCACCAAGGCAACGUAUGAAUACUUCUACACAAAUGAUCUACGUGUUCUGCUCGACGUCAUUAUCCGGAAUCUCCUCGACCUUCCAAACGAAUAUCUGUCACUGCGGCACACCUAUCUGCGCGUGCUGUAUCCGCUGCUGGCACAUACGCAGCUCAGUCAGCCACCGCAUUACAAGAGGGAUGAGAUCAUCAAGGUCCUCAACAUACUUGCCGGCACAGGAAGCUACCAUUUCGCGCCGCCGGACGAAACGACAGCAAGACUUGUCGAUCGUGUAUCCAAGGUGAAGUGGCUGGCCGAGAACGGCGCCGGCGCGGGGGAAAUUGCAAAGAAACUCUUGGGCAUUAGCCUGGCGUCCAACGAAUCGGCCAGCAAGAUGAGUGUUGUUGACGUGGCUGCCGUGUCCGAGAAACCAGGCGUCCAGACGCCCAGUCGAAAGGACGACGUGGAAGCCAACGAGAUCACAUCCUCGGAUGCCGGCUCCUCGCCGGAGGUUGAGGCACAGCCAUUUCGGAGAGACUCCAAAGCGGCACCUCCCCCUCCAACCAGGCGGCAAAGGAGGCCGCUGCCAGAACUACCCACCAAGUCUAGACAUGGCAAUCCUUUACCUGUUGCAGUCCACAUGACGACCAACGGCAACGGGACUAGUAUGCCGGCGAAAAGGCUUCCUCCAAAGGCUCCACCGCCGAGGCGGAUGAACAGGUCGAAGCUGUCAGACUCUCCGCCAACACCAACAGUUUAG